AAUACUCCCCCUCCUCCAUCACCACCACCAUCAAAUCAAAACCCAAACCAAUUCACAAUUUCACCACCAUCUCCUCUGCGCACGGCAUAGCUCCGCCCGGCGCCACUGCCGUUUCCCCCCUUUUAAUCUUUCCGGUCAAUACAUUUCUCGAAACCCCAACAAAAUUAAAAUGUCUCUCAGAUCAAGGCCAACCAUCACAAAGCAAACAUCAAUCCCUGCCAACCCACCGGAAUCCCCCACGCCCCACCAACCUCCGCCGUCCCUAUCCCAACGAACACUCACCCAAACCCUCACCGGCACCGCCAACCUGGCCAACCUCCUCCCGACAGGCACCCUCCUCGCCCUCCAACUCCUCACCCCGACCUUCACCAGCGGCGGCGCGUGCGACUCCGCCACCCGCCCCAUGACCGCCGCCCUCCUCUGCCUCCUCGCCCUCUCCUGCUUCCUCGCCUCCUUUACCGACAGCUUCCGCUCCCCAACCGACGGCCAGGUCUACUACGGCUUCGCCACCUUCAACGGGCUGUGGCUGUUCGAUUCCCGGGCCGAGCCGGGUCCGGAUUCGGAUUUGAAAAAGUACAGGGCGACGUUGAUCGACUGGGUACACGGGGCGGCGUCCGUGCUGGUGUUUGCGGCGGUGGCGAUGAGGGAUAAGAGCGUGCUGAGUUGCUUCUACCCGACGCCGAGUCGGGAGGUUCAGGAGGUUUUGAAUGCAGCGCCGUUGGCCGUCGGGUUGAUUAGCAGCUUCUUGUUCAUGGUUUUUCCGACGAGGAGGCAUGGGAUUGGUUACCCUGUUACAAGCACCACAUAAAAGGCCUUGGUUGGAUUUUUAUUUUUAUUUUUUAAUUUGUAUGUGGAUUUUUUUGAUUCCUCGGGAGUAAAUAAUGUAAAAGAAAUGCUGGUUUUUUUUUUUUUUGCCUUCUAACAUGGAAUUCUUUAAAGAGAAUUAGUAAUUAUGAUACUGUAAUUGUGAUUCCAAUACUUGUUAGAUUCUCGGAAGAUGAAAAAUAAUGAAGCACAAAUAAGAGCGUCUCAAUUGUUAA